AUGCCUCUCCCGAGACAAGACACCACAUCUUCCACCGAAUCCGCCUCAUCCGCCUCUAGCGUUGGUCGCGCCCGACAGAUCAUUGACGACAGAUACAUCGAUCCAGAUGGCCUGAGGAACUACAUGGAUCGGAAUUUCGAGCGUGGCUCGUGGACCAUUCGGGUGAAACCGCUCCUUCGAUCUCAUUCACUAUUGCUUCCCUUUUUCCAGAUUCGAACACCGGUGUCGAUCAAAUUGGGCAAGGUCAUUAUCACCGCACCACGGACCAUUCCUAAAGUCAGUCAUGCGUUCCUCCUUCUGCUCUUAUUCGCAGAGGCCCUGAAUGAGUAG